GUUUGUUAAUUGUUUAGAUUUUUGGCAGCAUCUUACGGUUUUUGAAUUACUUGCGAAAAAGACAUAAAACUUCUGAGUUUAACACAAAAAAACACAAUGGCAGGUGUUUUAUUUGAAGAUAUAUUUAAUGUAAAAGAUAUGGACCCAGAAGGGAAGAAAUUUGAUCGAGUCAGCCGGCUUCACUGUGAAUCUGAGUCGUUCAAGAUGGAUUUGAUUUUAGACAUAAAUUCGUGGAUAUAUCCAAUGGAACUUGGUGAUAAGUUUAGAUUGGUGCUUGCUACAACUUUAAGAGAAAAUGGUUACCCAGACGGUGGGGAAUGGAAUCCUCUUGAGACGGAAGGAAACCGAGCAGAUAGUUUCGAAUAUGUUAUGUAUGGGAAAGUUUAUAGGAUAGACGGUGAUGAAGCAGGCAUGGAACCAGCUACAAGAUUAUCAGCAUAUGUCUCAUUUGGCGGUCUUCUAAUGAGGCUACAAGGAGACGCAAAUAAUUUACAUGGUUUUGAAGUAGAUCAGCAUAUGUAUUUACUAAUGAAGAAAUUAGCUUUUUAAUAUUUUAAUUUUAGGUAUAAUUUUAUGUGACACAUUUACACCAAAUUUAUCCUAUAUUAAUUGUAAAGUUUGUCAUCCGAUGUUGUGUAAUAGCUUAAAGUAGACCUAAUCUGGUCUUUUACCAAUUCAAAGUCACAACUUAAGAGUUCAAUGUGUCUUCCAUAUGUACAUUUUUUAGCUUAUGAAGUGAGAUAAUGAGUUUUUGUUUAAAAAAUGCUCGAAGUACAAAAUCUAGAUUGUGGGAUGGCACAUGCAAACAUUAAUAUCAAUAGUAACCUAUCCAUGUCCUGUAAAUAAGGUAAAAUUGUGUUUUUUAACUUAUGCUGUUACUACCUAUGUACAUGCUAAGAAUGAAAACUUUAAAACAAUGUUUUUAUAUAUAAAUUCCAUUUUAAAUAAAA